UCAGGCUCCAUGUCUCUUCUGGGUUAUCCUGGACUUUGCACUGCCACUUCCCAUAGAAAUCGCUGCUACAUCCCUGUGACGCCCACCGCUGCCUGCUCACAUGAUGUAAACCCUACCUUCGGAUAUUACUUACCCAGCAGCUACCAAGGCAAUCUCUGGCUUUUGGACCAUUGCCAAGACUCCUACUGCAUAGCACCUUGCUGUGACUCUCCUAGCCAGGAACUCAAGACUUGCACUCCAACGUGUGAUCCCAGGAACUCCUGCGUGCCUUGCAACUCCCCAUCUGCAAAUCAAGUUGUUAGUGCCUGUGAAACUACCGACAUCAGAUCCAGGCCCAGCUGCAGUCCCACUACUGGAACCAAAGGGUAUGUAUCCAAUUGCACCCCAGGUGCUCGAUUUGCCUCGAAAGCCUGCCAGACUCCUCAAAAUGACUCCUGCUACACAGGGCAAGUUCAUUCCCUCCCCAAUACUCUCCAGGCCCUGCCUCACUGUAGUCUAGGCAACAGCGGAUACAGAAGCUAUAGAAACUUUGGAUUCAUCACCAAUGGCUUCUCUCCAUCUUAUUACACCACCAGUAGCUACCAACCCCAAAGUUCCCUGCUGAGAUAUUGCCAGUAUCCAAAUUAUGGGCCUUCAAGCUUCCCACCACGGAGUUACUUAUGUAGAAAUUUUCAGUCUCUGAGCUACAUACCUAGUACAUUUCCACCUCUGAGAUAUUUAUGCAGCAGCAACAGACCUCUGAAUUGCUACUGA